CUCAGUCCACACACCUGAACCACCACCGUCCGGAGGGAUAACUGACAAGCAUGCGACAAACGAGAUCGAUUGUUUGUAAUUUAUGAUACAGUUCGGUUAUUCCCGGAAUGGGAGUCUCGUAAUGCGUGGCUCUUGUUUGGGGAUGCGGUCGUACAGACUGAGAGUGAGAUGCGUUGUCGCGCUCAAGUUAGGGUGAGAUCUCAGCGGUUUGAUGGGACUCGAGGCUAUUGUUUUUCUGUUGGCCAUUGCUUCCCAUGCAGUCACGCGAUCAACAAGAGCAACCGUUAUUGUGUAUUACUUUGUUAUAGUUUCAAACGUUUUAUUGUUUAUACCAAUUAUUUAAUACCAUCAACCAAUUUUAUUUUAAACCUGUGAAUCUUACUUUAGUUUUACAUUACAAUUAACAGUAAGUGAGUAUUGGUUGACUGUUGCCCUCAAAAUUUCAUAAACUUCGUCGCCGAUUGUUAAACGUUACCGAUUGCCUAACGUACAAAAGAUUUGACCAUCAUGAGCAACAGCAGCAACUGCUUCAAUCAGUCCCUCAGGGCGGUACCAGAUUUGGUAGCCAAUCUUGCUGCGGAGAAUGCCAAAUUUCACUACUCUAGGCACAAUGGCACCGGAGGUGGAAAUGCCAAAUAUUACAAGAACUUCCAGACCCCGUACGUUCCGCAAAUGCACGGCAACUUCAACCAGAGGCAGCGCUUCGCACCGUACCCGAAUCGGCACCCAUCACAGUGCACCAAUCAGAGCAACCAUUUGAUUCCAGCAUCAGCUAACGUCAACUUCGGUAGCAACAGUGGUGGGGCCGCCAACAAAUCCCUGAACUCGUCCCUGAACAGCAGCGGAUCGGAUUCCGGCAAGAACACCACGUUUUACAGCACCAAUAGCUCCGGCAGCUCAAGCAACAUAAGCCAGUGCAGCAGUAGCAGUACUGGGAGCAGUAGCGGUGCUGGAAGUACUACUUACAAUUACUCCUACGGUGGAGCCAUGCAGUCUACCGCGGACCAUAAAGAAAUGGUCGUGCUCCAAAUCAGCAAUCUGGACCCGUCGAUUGAGGAACACAAGAUGCACCAAUAUUUGCUGUGUCAGCUAAAAUCUAUCACACCGGUUUUGUCGUUGACUAUUGAGAGCCCUUCGCUGGCGAAGGUUAAGGUUCCUUCAACACAGUUCGCCAAAUUGGUCGUGGCAAAUCUACAUCGCAAGAAGAUUGGUCACAAACGCAUGGUAGUAUCCUAUAUCAAAGACCCAUCAUCGGCCGAGUCCUCGGCACUGCGAUGCCAAGUCGCCGGUCUCCUGAAGGACGUCCCGUACUACAGUCUGCCGAUCAACAAAUUCCGCGAGCUAUUCCAAUCACGCUUCAAAUCUUCGAUCAGUGUCCUAGAUCUCUAUCGCAUGCCGGACGUAUGCACCAUUACACUGGACAAGAACGAAGAGAAGUACAUUAGCCUUCAACCGGACGUGAUCAACUCGUUGCAGAACAAUCCGCUGGUUGAGUCGUCCCAGCAUAGUGUCCCGUACUGUAUCUAUCACUUCAAGCAAGAGAAAGAGAAAGGCUGGGCCGAACAGGAGAUUGAACCUCUGCCGAACGUGAUGAUGAGCAUCAGUCAGCUGCAGUCGGUAAUCUAUUCACUGUUGAAGACCCACAAGGACGACAUCCCGGUAGCGAGUAUUUUGUACUGCAUCGAGAACGAGCUGCAGAUCAAAAUCGUACCGAAUGAGAACGGUGUCCCGUUGGAACAUCUGCUCUGUAGCAUCCGGGGAGUGCAGAUCACUAACAAUAACUUUGGAAUCAAAGUGCUUACCUGGUUGGAUCACGAGCUGAAUUCAACCAAGGAUAACGAUGAUGCCUCCUCGGUCAACCUACGCUACAUGCCGAAGAGCCCAAACAACGACUUUCUGCAGCAGAUUUCGCGCGAAGUGGUCGAGCUGAUAAAGAUGUCACCGAAAUCGACAAUGAAGUUCACACGAUUCAUCCCGGCCUAUCACAAUCACUUUGGCAAACAAUGUCGUGUAGCCGAUUACGGCUAUACCCGGCUGAUAGAGCUCUUUGAGGCACUUUCACCGGUCGUUCAAGUGAUGGGCGACGGCGAAAAUCGGCACAUCACGCUGACUCAUCGCACCCAGAUCCGUAGAUUUACCUGUGACUUGCUGAAAAUUUUACGCGGCCAAGCGAACAAAUCCAUUCUGCUCUCUCAGCUGCCAAUCAUCUUCUCGCAGGCCCAGAAUAGGAUCUUUGACGUAACGGAUUACGGCGUGUGCGAUAUCUUCGACAUCAUCGACGGGCUGGUGUACAACAAUUCGAUCGUCACGAAGGUGUACAACGAGACGGAUGUGCUGAUUUCGAUGGUCAAACGGAAGCAAUCUUCAACCGAAGUGGAGAAAACGUGCAUCUUUGCCGGGGAGGUGGUGGAGCUGUUCAAAAAUGCGCCACAGUACUCGAUACUGUUUAAAAAAUUCGUGAGGUCCUAUCACUACCACUUUGGGUACCAGUGUCGUUUGAGCGAUUAUGGACUGAUGAAGCUGGCCGACCUGCUGGAAGCAAUUUCCGGAAUUGUUGAGAUGGAGCAAUCGAACGAUGAAGACCGGAAAAUAUUCCUCAACCAUAGAGUGGCCAUUCGGAUUUUCGCCGAACAGGUGCAGGAUAUUGUGAAGCACUUCACGAGCACCAGUGCAUCGAUGAUUCUGAUGAGUGAAAUUCUAAAUUUCCACAAAAACAAGUACGGAUAUCAAAUUCAACCGUACAGCCUCGGUUACAGCAACAUGGUCGAUGCCAUCAAAGCGCUGCCCUACAUGGAAAUAUUUGAGUCAGGAAACGAUUUCGUCGUGGUGUCACGUUUGGACGAUCCCGCUUUUCGACUGCGUGCGUAUGCGGCCUGCCUUUGUCUGCUGGAUUUCAACAAGGAACGGAUGCCCAUUAGUGAUUUUCUACGCAGCUACCUGGCAAAGUUCAAGGAGAAUUUAACCGAAAGGCAAAUGUACGAUAUGAAACAUGCCAUAACGAUUGAACUAGAUAAGGGAAGUCAAACUGUGACGAUGACACCGCUGAUGAAAUUCAUUUUCCGCAUCAUACAGGUGCUCAAGCAGAAAAGUCCGAUGAAUGUGUUCGAUUUGAAGCAGGGUCUUCAUUUGUCAAUUUCGUCCUGUUUUGAAUUUGGUUAUCCGAAUGUUUCCUCACUCAUCGGUGCUUUUCCGGAUAUUUUCAUCACCAACAGCUAUUUCCACGAGCGAGCCGACAUCGAGCUGAACCGUGACUGCAUUUUAAGCAAGGCUUGCUUCAGUACCGAGGAAAAUGCUACCCCGGCGGCCAUUUCGACGACCACCACCAACGCCAACACCACCCCCGUGAAGGCCAAAGUGCAAGCGGACGAUAAUAAAUUUUCCCACGCGUCAAUGACUAAUGAUUUUAGAAACUUAUUCUACAGUCGCCAAGAAGCCAUUGCUCAACAUCAUUUGUUGCAACGCCAGCAACAGCAACAACAACAGCAACAGCAACAAUAUCAACAGCAGUUCCAGAAACCGCUCCAACCGCUGCAGCAGUCUCAACAGAUAAACCAACAACUGCCAGCUUCCUUCUACCCGAAUAAUCGUUUCAACAACCCGGUGUUGAAUAGUAACUAUGGAGGGCUGGCUGGUUUCUCUUCCUCCGCGGCUACGGCCUUAUCGUCUGCUGCGGCCACCAUGACCACCGAAAUAAUGGCGACCACUCAUAAUCAAACCAUGAUUAUGAAAGCCCAGAACAAGGAAAAUCUUUAUCAUGGCUACGGUGGCAUGGCACUUCAGCAGCAGCAGAUUCAACAGAUGCUGCAACAACGCCAACUGCAGCAACAACAACAACAACAACAGCAGCUUCUUGCUUCCCAAACCAAGCAGCAGUACGCUUCGUUCGGGAUGAGCAUGGGUGGUUUAUCUGGAGCUGCAACCAUAACCACGAACCCCGUUACCACAGUUGGACAGGCUACGGCAUCGUCCACAGGUGGCACCGGCUUGAUGGCGUCCGCAGCCGAAACCGGUGUCUCGCAGAGCUCCACAAACAAAAUAUUCGAACGCAGACAACAAAAGGCUACCACUACCACAUUGGAUUUACAAUACCUGAAUUGUAACAGUUUUGGAUACGGACUUUUGUCGGAAUUCUACGAGCCACCAAAACCGGACACGCCGCCGUCGAGGAACAUCCCAUAUUGGAUCGAUCCUAUCUGGUCCAACGAUCCGCUUACCAACGAAAAAGAGCCAUCAGCAUCAUCGACCGAGCAGCUUCUCAACAUUCCGCUACCGGAGCUGAAGACUUACAACAAGCUGCCCGUCAUACUGACCCCGUAUGUCCUGUCGUCACUGUCACAGAAUCCGUCCUUUUCCUUCGAUUUCGAUAAAUCUAAACAGAUUUAAACAUAUCCUCACCGAUGCGGAUGCGGAGAGCUCUAUGCUCCGAAUGGCGUGCGCUUACGAAAAGGAAAAAAGGACCCGUCCAUCGGCAGGAUGAUAGAAAGGAUAUCGAAUCCCCAUCGGUCACCAACGAUUGACCCUCGAAUGAGAGAUAGAGAGCUGAAAAGGUUCUGCUUUCACUUUAUCACUUAAUAAUUAUCGUUACCUUUUAUGACACGUUGAACGUUUCGUCACCCACCCAUCUUAACCCCUGUGUAGUACCUUUCCGAGUCGUCAUCGAUUUAUGAUUCGUUAGAUUGUAUAUCCUUCUCGAUUCCUCGGGUGAGUGUUUAUUAAAUUGUACCAUUGAUGUUAUAGAUAGAUAAGCGAUAUUUCAAUUGAAUCGGGGAUAACUGGAAACCCGGGCUUUUGAAAUUUAAGGUUUUUGAGAUUAUUUUUAUCGAACUUUUCUAAAUGAUUAUGAUUAUAGAGUGGAGUGUGUGUAGCCAACUAGUUAAUUAAGAAAGCACAAAUGUUAAUAAUUCUAUGUAUGAGAGCAAAAAUGGACAUUUUAGUUAUUGAUGUUUGUGCAUGCUCAGCUAAAUUAUACAAAAUGAUUACGUUUUUAGGCUGCGAAAAGACGACUUAGUGUAGUUCUUCUGUGUAGAAGUGGGUGUCUCCAUUCAAAGCUUCUAUAGUUGUGCCCAUUAGUUUCUUAUGAUUUAUAUACAUUUCAAAGAACAAGAUUAUAUGUGCAUGCGAUUAUUAAAA